AUGGUACCCCGGAGCACAAACUCUCACUUCACCUGUGUGGACAGGGGAAUAGGGCGGUGCCAAACCAAUCUGCACUUCCAGGGGCCGCAGCCCACCACUGCAGAUCAGGACCUCGCCAAGCUCUGCCAGCCCUCAGAACUUGUGAAUUCCCCCCAGCUGGGAGUUGCUGAGUCACCACCUCCUAAAGGAACCUCCAUUGGGCACUGGGUCCACAGCUCAGCUGAAGCAGCUCCAGAAUUUAUUUUUCUUAUGCCCCAGUCCCCUUCCACUGAACCCCCCAACCCCUUCGCCCAAAUCUGCUGGGCUGAUCUGCUGCUGGGCUUACUGGUCUACCUGGCUGGCGCCAAAUGCACCACCUGCGUGUUGGACGAAGCAGCAAAGGCCCAGCUGGUCCUGACUUCCGGGAUCGUGUUCCUGCUGUCGGGGCUCCUGGUCCUGAUCCCGGUGUGCUGGACGGCCCACGCCAUCAUCCAGGACUUCUACAAUCCCGUGGUAGCGGAGGCCCAGAAGUGGGAGCUGGGGGCCUCGCUCUACCUGGGUUGGGUGGCCGUGGCCCUGCUGCUGCUGGGCAGGGGUCUGCUCUGCUGCACCUGCCCCCUGGGGUCCUCGCGGGGGGUGGGACGCUACGUGGCCCGUUAUGCCGCCUCCCCCUCCGCCCCGGGGGCUUCUCGCGGGCCCUGCGACUACCCAGCCAAGAAUUACAUCUAA